CCCACGUGACGCCGCUGUGAGGAGCAGCGGGGCUGAGCGGAGUCUGAGUGAGCGGCGGUUGAGAAAACAGUCAGCCUCGCUUCGGAGUUUGGACGGAGAGCAGCAGCUGAGAGUUACAGCGCCUGUGCGGCUUCAGCUACCGGUUCCUCCGACUCCACCACCGCUCCCCGACUCGAGGUUAAUGGACUAUUAAGGAGGCUUUUUUAAAAAAAAGAAGAAACCCUCCACGCCAACUGAAAAAGCGAGCAGUCCAAAGCGCCGCUGCCCCUCACCUCCAGAAGCUCCUCCAAAACAAGCAGCCAUGGGCAAACAGAACAGCAAACUCCGCCCGGACGUCAUGCAGGACCUGAUGGAGAACACGGACUUCACCGAGCACGAGAUCACCGAGUGGUACAAGGGCUUCCUGCGGGACUGCCCCAGCGGCGCCCUCAACAUGGAGGAGUUCAAGAAGAUCUACGCCAACUUCUUCCCGUACGGAGACGCCUCAAAGUUCGCCGAGCACGUCUUCCGCACGUUCGACGCCAACGCCGACGGGACUAUAGACUUCAGGGAGUUCAUCAUCGCCCUGAGCGUCACGUCCCGCGGCCGGCUGGACCAGAAGCUGAAGUGGGCGUUCAGCAUGUACGACCUGGACGGGAACGGAUACAUCAGCAAGGCGGAGAUGUUGGAGAUUGUAACGGCCAUUUACAAGAUGGUCUCCUCUGUGAUGAAAAUGCCAGAAGACGAAUCCACACCCGAGAAGCGCACUGACAAAAUCUUCAGGCAGAUGGACACAAAUCGAGACGGUAAACUGUCCCUGGAGGAGUUUGUGGAGGGAGCAAAGAACGACCCGUCCAUCGUGCGACUGCUGCAGUGUGACCCCAGCAGUGCUGGGCAGUAGGAAACUGGACUGAUACAUUAGCACAUUUUCAAAAUGGCUCCCAUUUGACCCACCUGAGACUUUUGAAAUGUAAUACUUUGACCUAUAGAGAGGCGCAUGAACACACAGACGCAUGCUGUGCCGAAGCACAAUAUAUACGUCUGUAAAUAGUCUUUCACACACUGUUCACGGGCCUCUGUGUUCGGUCAAAGGUUCUGCACAAACGCGGGUCUGAUCUGCGGUACAGAUUUGACUUGAAGGACUGAAAUGACCAUCAAAGACUCGUUGAAAUGGAGAAGGUUUUCCCUGCGCUGCGAGAUCACAGUCGGCAGGGACGACGCAGCUCAUCCAGGAGGUACGCUGAAGCAAAUUCAAGUGCGUUUUUACCCGUUUAUUUUUUUAUUUUAUUUUUAAAAGCAGGAUUUCCUAUUUAAAGAGAACGACGUUGGUUUUAUCCGUGUGACUUGACCCGGUUUGCCGAGUGGCGACGCACAGAUCUUUACCAAGUAUUGCGAUGCAGCUCACUGUCAACACUGGGGGAAAUGAAGCAUGUCGGUCUGGGGCUACAGAGCAGUCAUUCAGUCACAAGAUCUGGGAAUCAUUGUUUUAAAUGUUGAAUAUGAUUUUUAUGUACUGUAUUAUUUUUUUUUUGA